CUUUUUGAACAUUAACGGGUCCACCUUCAAACUCGGUUCCGGUUCCGUUGGCCUCAAAGGGAACCAGUUUGAUCCGGUUUCUAUCGGUUUCCGGAUCAGAUUUAACCGAAAAAUGAGCGACAGCAGCAGAGAAAGAAAAGUCUGUUAGAACAGGAAUCCUGGAAUUUUCUGUCAGCUGGAGGAGUGGGGUCUGUCCAGGCCAAUCAUGAAUGCAUCUGAUAGCGAUGAAGACAUCUACACCGAGAGGACGGCGUUGGUCCAGUCUGAAAAUCCUCCGGUACCGUCCUACAGACCAGAUUCUGACCUCAGCCCGCCUGAAGACAUGCCCACUAAGAGGGUGGGUCCAAGCAGGCGGCCCCGUCCCGGCGCCGUGGAUGGCGGCGGCUCCGAUCAGGAAGUGGAUGCUGAUGAGGAGGAGCUGACUCUGAAGUACGGAGCGAAGCACGUUAUCAUGCUGUUUGUCCCCGUCACCCUCUGCAUGGUGGUGGUGGUCGCCACCAUCAAGUCGGUCAGCUUCUACUCCGAGAAGACGGACCAGCAGCUGAUCUACACACCGUUCACAGAGAACACUCCGUCUGUCGGUCGCCGGCUCCUGAACUCGGUCCUCAACACCAUCAUCAUGAUCAGUGUCAUCGUGGUCAUGACCAUCUUCCUGGUGGUUCUCUACAAGUAUCGGUGCUACAAGUUCAUCCACGGUUGGCUCAUCCUGUCCUCCCUCAUGCUGCUCUUCUGGUUCAGCUUCAUGUACCUGGGUGAGGUGUUUAAGACCUACAACCUGGCGGUGGACUACCCGACGGUGGCGAUGAUCAUCUGGAACUUCGGGGCUGUGGGGAUGAUCUGCAUCCACUGGAAGGGCCCCUUGCAGCUGCAGCAGGCCUACCUCAUUCUCAUCAGUGCCCUCAUGGCCCUGGUCUUCAUCAAGUACCUGCCCGAGUGGUCGGCCUGGGUGAUCCUAGGAGCCAUCUCCAUCUACGACCUGGUGGCCGUCCUUAGUCCUAAAGGACCUCUCAGGAUGUUGGUGGAAACGGCUCAGGAACGUAACGAGCCAAUCUUCCCCGCCCUCAUCUACUCCUCCGCCAUGGUGUGGACGGUCGGGAUGGCGAACCCAAUGGACUCCCAGCGCUCUGAAACAGUUUCAGAUGAGGAGGCGGAGCAGAACGAUGUGAGGGCGGAGCCUCAGAUCAGACAGCCGAGACCGCUUCCAGAAGACGAGCUGGAGGACAGGGGGGUGAAGCUCGGCCUCGGGGACUUCAUCUUCUACAGCGUUCUGGUGGGCAAAGCCGCGGCGACCGGAGGAGACUGGAACACCACGCUGGCCUGCUUCGUCGCCAUUCUCAUUGGUCUCUGCCUCACUCUGCUGCUGCUGGCCAUCUUUAAGAAAGCUCUGCCGGCGCUGCCCAUCUCCAUCACCUUCGGCCUCGUCUUCUACUUCUCCACGGACUUCCUGGUUCAGCCCUUCAUGGACAACCUUGCCACUCACCAGUUCUACAUCUGAGUCCAAGCCCCGCCCACACCACCUUAAUUAUUAACAUCCUCAUAAGCAACAUCCUCAUUAUCCUGCUGGACAGCUGCCGCUGUCUGUUGUUGUAAUGCAGAAAUGCUGCUUCACAGGAAGCACAGGAAGUGAUGUAACGGAGGAGGGUGGUGUGGGCGUUACCUGGUCGGACUACCUGCUGACAUGUCUGUACAGUCCCCAUCACCUUCCUGAUGCCAGCAGUGACAGGAAUCUACACAGUUGAUUGUGAUUGGCUGAGGCUGUUGUUUUUCAAGGAGGACACGCCUCCAAAUGUUCCUGUUUCUGGUUUUUCAUUGUAUUUCAGGAGCUCAGGUACAGAAGCUGGAAGAGUCCAAAAUGUAAAAGUUAAAAAACACGGCACUUUGAAGUGGGCGGAGCCACCCCAGAAACUCCGAGGUCUUUAUUAGUUUGUUGGGUUUCGUGUCUGUAAAUACUGAUUUCCCUGAAGAAGGCUGUCAGGUGUUUGAGCUGAAAUUUACUUCCUGUUGAAAUGCAUCUUGGGCUUUAUGAACCAUUUCUGGUUUCAGGUUCUAAUCAGUUGUAUUAAUAGAAGAUCAAACAGUUUAAAUUACAAAAAAAGAAAUGUAUGAAGUGUAAUGUGAAAUAUUUGUGGAUAUAAAUAUAAAACCGUUUGAUUUUGA